UCAGACAGCGGCGGAUGUUAGGGGUUGUUUAUUUUUUUGGCUCAGUGAAAAGUGUUGCUAUCCAAACUGGCAUCCCAGGAAGGUACGAGUGGCGCCCAGCGCGCACUCCAACCUAAGCCUUCUACACGAAGCCAGGAGACUCUCACUGUCUCAGAAGAGUUUUCGUCUUUCAGUGAUCAAAUAUAAAAUCCGUAAUGUCCGGUUUAAAACACCGAUAUACCUUCAACUAAUGAAAACUUUGGAGCGCGUCCAAGAACAGACGUCUGCCGCGACGCCUCCUAGUACCAGCAGUCACAAAAACGGCGUCGUUCACAAUCCGCGUCGCCCAUUCAUGUUUUAGUUGUGGGGAUACGCGAAGAGUGCUUUGUGGUACUCCCGAAGUCGGCGGGAGUUGUGCGCGAAAAACUUUCAGCUGAAAAAGUUGUGACUGUGGCCGCAUUGGGUGCUUACAGACUGCCAGGUGUUACCCAGUACCCAGCGUGGCGGAGGGACUAUCUAAAAAAAGUGUCAGUGGUAAUGGUGCACGAUGCCUAGUGGAGGAGGUGCGGCGCCAUCUCCGAGGGAAAAUGUUUCGAGGCAGGCCCAGGGUGCGCGUCGGCAGACCCGUCAACUUCACGGACUGGCAGAAGCAGGGAGAGAUGCUCUCCAAAUGGAAUAAUGAGCUGUGUAGUGGAGAAUCGCUUCCCGAGGUAGAGAUCAUCAGCCUCCUGGAGGAGCAGAUACCUAGGUAUAAGCUUAGGGCGGACACCUUGACCAAGUUUGGGGGUUACGAUAAUCAGGAUUGGUUCAUCCCAUCUCCCGCCCUGGAAAUAGACGAGGCCGAUUUGAAGUUGUCACCGGAUCAGAUCCGAGAGACAUUGAACUAUUUCCGCAGUGGAUAA